CCCCACCUUCCCGUUCCUUCACCAUUUCCCAUGAACCCCAAGUAACCUGAUCCUUCAUCUUUCAUGGAUUCAUUCCCUCCCAACAUCAGCAUCUUCCCUCUCUUCUGAUGAUAUUUCUCAAUCUCAGAUCACGAUCUGAACUCCAAUUUGGAUUGAAAGAUUAAAGAGAAAGCUAUUAUUGAUCAUGGCGACAAAAGAGAACACGAAAGACAACAGAAACCAAGGGAAUACUAUGCAAAUCCUGAUCAUCGCCGGCCUAUGUGGUUGCUUCUUUUUAUUUGGUGCUUGGCGACGGGGUGGUUCUGGUAAAGGAGACCGCAUAGCCGCUGAGAUUACCAAACACACAGAUUGCACCAUUCUCUCUGAUUUAAAUUACGAGACUCAUCGUGACACUGCUGCAUCGACCACCACGCCUGAUGAUGAUUCUGAUGCUCCGAUAAAAAACUUUGAGCCUUGUGAGGAUCGUUACAGUGAUUUCACGCCCUGUCAUGAUCAAACUCGAGCCAUGAAAUUCCCGCGAGAGAACAUGAAUUACAGAGAAAGACAUUGCUAUCCUCCAGAACAAAAGCUUCAUUGCCUCAUCCCUGCGCCCAAAGGAUAUGCGACGCCGUUUCCAUGGCCUAAGAGUCGUGAUUAUGUGCCAUAUGCCAAUGCGCCUUAUAAGAGUCUCACAAUUGAGAAGGCUGUGCAGAAUUGGAUUCAGUAUGAAGGUAAUGUGUUCAGGUUUCCUGGUGGAGGAACACAGUUUCCUGAAGGAGCCGAUGCUUACAUCGAUCAACUUGCUUCUGUCAUACCUAUAUCUGAUGGCAUGGUUAGAACUGCUUUAGAUACUGGUUGUGGGGUUGCUAGUUUGGGUGCAUACUUGUUUAAGAAGAAUGUGAUUACAAUGUCAAUUGCGCCAAGGGACUCUCAUGAAGCGCAAGUUCAAUUUGCUUUGGAAAGAGGUGUUCCAGCAAUCAUUGGAGUUCUAGGAACCAUAAAGCUACCUUUCCCUGCUGGAUCAUAUGACAUGGCUCAUUGUUCCAGGUGUUUGAUUCCAUGGGGAGGAAAUGACGGAUUAUACAUGAUGGAAGUGGAUCGAAUUCUUAGGCCUGGUGGUUACUGGGUGCUUUCUGGUCCUCCAAUAAAUUGGAAGAAUAACCAUCAAGCAUGGGCGCGUCCUGCAGAAGAACUUGAAGAGGAGCAGAGGAAGAUUGAAGAAAUGGCUAAACUUCUCUGCUGGGAAAAGAAACACGAAAUGGGUGAAAUUGCUGUAUGGAGAAAAAGAUUAAAUUCUGAUGAAUGUCGUGGACAAAGUUCUCAACCAACAAUUUGUGAAUCUUCACCGGACGUCUGGUACAAGAAGAUGGAGAACUGUGUGACUCCUUCACCUAAAGGCAGUGAUUCAUGGAAGCCAUUCCCAGAGAGGCUCAAUGCUGUUCCUGCCAGAUUAUCUAGCGGGUCCGUUGACGGUGUAUCCGUGGAAAUGUACAAUGAAGACGACAAAAUAUGGACCAAACAUGUUCAGGCUUACAAACAAAUCAAUAAAAUCAUUGACUCGGGUAGGUACAGAAACAUCAUGGACAUGAACGCUGGCCUCGGCAGUUUUGCUGCUGCCCUUGAAUCUUCCAAAUUGUGGGUCAUGAACGUUAUCCCUACCAUUGCUGAGAAAGAUACCCUCGGUGUUAUAUUUGAGCGUGGAUUGAUUGGCAUUUAUCAUGACUGGUGUGAAGCCUUCUCUACAUAUCCUAGGACAUACGACCUUAUCCAUGCAAAUGGCAUUUUCAGCUUGUACAAGGAUAAGUGCAAUGCAGAAGAGAUCCUGCUAGAGAUGGACCGUAUAUUAAGGCCAGAAGGAGCAGUGAUAUUCAGAGAUAAUGUGAAUGUGCUGAUACAGGUGGGAAGACUGGUGAAAGGGAUGAGAUGGAAUACUCAAAUGGUGGAUCAUGAGGAUGGCCCUCAUGUUUCAGAGAAGGUGUUGUUUGCUGUGAAGCAGUACUGGGUUGCAACGGAUAAAUAAACCCUCCACCACACGGUGAUGGUUCAAUCGGAGGAAUGCACAGUUCCACAAUAUGACCUCACAGAAUGCUUCUGCUUGUCCAUCACGAUUAAGAAGAGCAAGGACAGAGAUAUUAGUCAUGACUAGGUUUGUUUGAAGAUCUCCUAAGGGUUACAGUUUUUUAUUCUUAGAUCAGAAUGGAGCUGGGUUUGGUUUCAUUAUGCUUGUUAUAAUAAUGUCUUAGAUAUCAAGUAACUUUUGCAUUUAAUUCCAAUAGAUAUGAAAUGAAUACCAUUUU